AUGAACAUCUUUACUAAGGUCCCAGGAUUAGCCCAACAAACCAGCAAGCUGGGGUCUGUGCUCCAACGUGCCUUCUACGGGUCCAGUGGGAGGGUGACCCUUUUCGAGCAGAGGAACUUCGCCGGCCGACGGCUGGACCUGAGUUCUGACUGUGCCAGGCUCAGUGACAAGAACUUCCCAGAGAGAUGUAACUCUGUGCAGGUGGAGAGCGGAGCAUGGGUCGCUUAUGAGCAUGAGAACUUCCGGGGCCGUCAGUACCUGUGGGACAUGUCCGACCGGGGAGAGUACAACUGCUACGACAAGUGGUGUGCUCAGGUGGACCACAUCUCCUCUGUCCGCUCUGUCAAACAGGACAACAACCCUGCCAAAGCUCAGCUGUUCGAGCGAGCCGGUUUCUCCGGUAAGAAGAUGGAGAUCCAGGACGACAUCCCCAACCUGAUGAGCCGUUACAGCCUCAACAGAGUCGCCUCCAUCCGCGUCCUCGGAGGAGCGUGGGUGGUGUAUCAGGAGCCAAACUACAGAGGACCUCAUUACAUCCUGGAGAAGCGUGAUUAUAACAACUUCUCUGACUGGGGCAGUCAGAACAACACCGUGGGUUCCAUGCGCAGAGUCCGCUUCAACUAA